AUGAGAGACUCUGGGCGGCUCUGGCUGGAAGCCCUAAGACUGAGGAUCCUUAUACGCUCUUUCUAUGUGCCGUUCGUAGUGAAUCAGGUAUCAAACCCGGAUCCAUUAUACUGGGCAACGAAUAAUUACAUCAUCAGCGCCCAGGAGGAAGACAGUGCAGCAUCAUUACAGGUCUUCAGUGUGGGGGAUCCUGAAGGGGUUCUGCCGAACUUCAUUGGAGCGAGGUUGUGCACUGGUGGGAGAAGACCUUUUAAGGCUGAUAUCUACCUAGUGAUGCAAGGAGUAGCAACCAGUCUCUUCAAGAAGUUAAAUCACUUCAACGAGAAGAAUCUGAAGGUGGAAGAUCUGAUACACGUCUUAAAGAAGAUGAGGGUCUGGGCUGUGAAGGCGCCGGAGAAGGUCCACAUAGAUGUGGUGGUCAAGAUUCACGAUAAGGCCGUAUUCGCAACACAUAUGAAUCAAUCGCGCUUCGAAAGUGGAAGCGGGGAAGACUUGGCCUACAUAGAGGACUUUCUUCGUUUCGGAAGCCACAUUAACCAGCAGAUCGUGUACUACCCAUUCCAGACUGAUGUCAAUAUUCCCAGCGAAAUGGGAACUCCAAUCCGUUUACAAUCAACAAUUCUAUCUUUUACUUCAAUCAGAGGGAACCUCACAGCGCCCUCUACUCAAGAUAAAGUUUGGAAGAAUGAUCUGCAUAUCAGGUACCAAGGCACAUCAGUGACGACGCUUUCGACGGAUGGUCCACUGGUACGAAGUCUGCACUCGGCGCGCAUCCAACAAUCGCUGGUAGCUCAUGUACCGAUGAGAUUCAAUGUAUCAUUCUCAAAUGUCGACAAGAAUAUUGAAUUGACAUGGCCAAACCCAGGUGCUCAGCAAGGAGGAGUGGCGAUGCACUCCCGAGCGCAGAUAGCUGUGGAAACCUCCUCAUUAAAGUCUACUUCUACCGUCACUGCUGGUGACAAUAGCUUGGCGAAUCUGGACAACAAAAGCGUUUUCUUCGAUUGCGAAAGACCAAUGACAGGAGCCGAAGUAUUGGACAAGCUGUUUACAUCCAAAAACAAUCAUUAUGACUUCCUAACCUCAAUCCAGCCUUCCCUGAUCAUCCUUAACAGCAUACUUCUCUUCACCUCACCCCCCUCAGGGUCUUGUGGCCUCAUACUCCCUCCUCAGCACCUGAUGAAGACUGCCAACGAUAUCCUGCAGUUGAAGAUUCAGCUGAAUGAGAUGAGCGUCAACGAGGAUACCACGAAGUUUGAUCUGUCUAUGAUGUUGAAUUAUUUCAGCCAGGAAGAACCGAAGAAGAUAUUCUUCGAGAUGGAAGCUCUAACGAAGAUUGAGAGUACAGGUGGCAAUGCGAACGUCCAGCUGACCAUUCAUGGUCUGCAGCCCAGCUCUGAUAAUGUCACCAGGAGGGAAUGGACGAUCUGUCUUCGAGAACAAGAAAUCAGUCACGGACCAUCAGACCAGGACAUAGCCAUCCAUCCGACUUCUUACGAGGGUCAUUUGACUAUCACCUACUCAGGGAACAAGACUGACUGCUUCGAGUCCGGUCCAGCAUCAGAACUGACCUUGAAAUACAAGGGUAUACCGCAGAACUUGUAUGGGAAACUCGAGAGGUUCUUUGAAGUGAAAAUUUUUGGUAGUAAUCUAUCAGAGAUGGGUAUCCUGGAGUCGGAUAUAGUGACGCAAACUGCUUUGGGACAACUCGUCAGGAGUUACAGCAAGGAACCGCUCAACAUGACUGCAGUUAUCAAGGAACGGAAUGGGCUAGCCUCAGUCAGUGUCAAUAAGGGAGCUGACAUGCAAUUCAAGUCUGAUAACUUCGCCUGGCUUCUGGACAGCUGGACUGAUAUGCAAAUUAUGAAGACUUUGGGGUUAUACCGCGAAUGUCGGUUGCAAGACAACUUAGUACAAUUGCUGUUCGGAGGUGAGGAACUGGUGAUGACGUCGGACACUGCAGAACAUGUAAUUUUAGCUGACUGCACGGUUAAGCCUCAAUUCGCAGUAAUCAAAGUGAAGAAUGGUGUAAGGAUAUAUACAGGAGGAUACUAUGUGGUGGUCACGUCACAGGAUGAGCAGAAACCUAUCGUGGAUAGCAGUAAUGGGGGCAACCAUUUCUGAUCGGCAAACGAGCGGAAAGAUUACCUGAUGGAUAUCUCACAUCCGAGACACAGUAAAGAUAGUGUCCAGAGCUACGGACCUCCAAGUGUAUUACAACGAGUAUGA